AAAGCCCCCUGGACCCCACUAUCUUGUCUGUUGGAGUCCUGCUCUGUGGGCAAAACCAGCGGCGGCCCCCAGUAACCAGAGACCCGCACAGGCCGCUAGAAACUUGUAGUCCCCAGAACCUGGCCGACCUGUCAAUCAUGCCCUUUGGGAAUUGAGAGGGUUGAGAAACACUCCCAUUUUCCAGCAUUCGAGAGUCGAGCUUGAUUUGCAGCAAAUCCAAGACCAUGUUAUUUAUUGUCUACUAUGUGCUGAACAUCUUGUUAGGAUUGGUGGUGGACGGAUGAGUUCGUACCCCAGCUCUCAUCCUCACGUUAUGGUAGGCAGAAAGCUGAACUUGCAAAGUAGGAUGUAAGAAGAAAAAGUGCAAUCAAAGUAGAAAUGAAAGAACCAUCAUGAAAAAGAUCUCAAAGAGGAGAGAAGAUACGGGAAAAAAGAUUAACCAAGGCGAAAAAUCUUUAACUCACCUACUCAUUGAUGAUAAGAUAUCUCAAUGGCCUAAGACUGAAGUCUCAUUCGAUGAAGGCCUUUGGUUUUUCAUGCCGUGUGGUGACAAAGGCUCCGAUUCAGGCCGGUGUUCAGAGCAGAGAUCAGUAAAUGACAGCUAUCCCAAACACUUUUCACUUGAUGAUAAUUUACAAAAUUUUGCUGAAGACCAAGGUGAAGAUUUUAUGCAGGAAGUCAUUUUUCCAGAUUUACUUGAAGUAAAAGCUGCUGAAUAUGAAGUUGAUCAAGAACAAAUCAGAAAACAACAGGCAAACAUUUUUGUGCCAAGUAAUUCUCCAGUGGCCAACGAGCGUAAACUGCCAAAAGAUACGAUGCCACGCAUUUUAGAAGAUGAAGGAUUCUAUAUUCAGAGAAAACCAAAAAUCCAUAAAAAGACCUGCAACAAAAUGGAAAAUCGCCUACUUACUGUAGAAGAGGGGAAGAGUUGGUUUGAAGAAAGUGGAGAAAUUAUGUCAUUACCGUCACCCAUCAGACAAUCGUGGAAUUUCAGGCUAAACACAAGCAAGGGAUCUUUAAAUCCAGCACUAAAGACCAUAUACAGAAAGGCAGUGAAACCUGAUCUGGAAAGCUCUAUGAGGAACAAGAUGGAAGGUCAAAGGGAAAUGUAUCAAUUAGAUCUUAACAUUGUGGGUUUGCAGUUCAGCCAUCAUCCUCUCUUCAAUCAAGAACAAGUGUUAUGUGCUAGGCUGCUUCAACUUUAUGAGUGUUUUCAGGACAGGCAGCAACAGAAUUUACCUCAGCUGCUUUAUGAGAAGCUGAUAGCACUGAGAGACGCUACCAAAUUAGCAAGUGAAAAUUUGGAAAUAAGUCAGCUAACCAAAAAAUCUUUACAAGAUUAUUAUUGGCAGAUAAGUAAUACAAAACAGCUUUAUGAUUUAGAAAGAGGAAAAGACUUCUCCCUAUUACACAGUAUAUCACGGACUUGGAAACAAAUAAAAUCCCUCCGACAACAGCAAGGGUUUACAAGCACCCCAGUAAAGUUACAGUUUCAAAGGGUAAAAAUGAAUAAAUGUGAAGAGCAAAACCAAGAAGAACUGUUAGAAAUGUCUGAGACUCAGAAGAAAACUGAAGGAAAAGCAUUUAAGAAUGGGGAUAAAUGGGAGAGCCUCUCAUACUUAGCUUCAGAACUUGAAGAAACAGAUAUUGAAAGAAUAAGACCAAUUACCUUGAUGCCACAACUUUCUUUCACUAUAGAAUUAACAAACUUAUCCAAGUGUUCACUGCAUGAACAAAAGAGGAGAGCCAAAAUUCAGAAGCUUAAAUAUUUUAUUAAAAUAUUAUCCAACGAUAAACAGGUUUCUUGCACGUCCGUUUCUCCCCUACAGUUUGAUUUUAAAGUCAUGUUUCAGCAAAUUUUCAAUAUUCAGAUAGUAUGUUGGCCAGAAACAAUUUGCUUGGAGGUUUAUGAAGUAAGUCAAAGGACAAACUUACUGGCAAAACUGUAUUUACCUUUACCUAACAGCACAGAGGUGAAAAGCAAAACUGUUUUGGAAUAUGUAGAGUUUAGCUCUGAUGAGCUGGUCACACCUGCAUAUGGAGAAGUAGGAAGCAAUGUGCCUUUUAUUCUUGAGGGAAAUGCAACUGAAGAACUUUGUCUUUUGACAUCAGGAAAACUUAGCUACUGUCUAUCAUGGGCUUUAGACGAAAAUGGUAUUCCUCUGACACCCAAGUCGCAGUCCUUAAGAUCUGCUUGCUGCAGUGUGUUAAGGAAUGUAGAUGCAAGAGGCGUUCCUGGAAUUCCAAGGCUCAUUAAUGCACGGAAGCUUUUUGAAUGGGCAAACGAAGUAAAAAUUGAUCCAAAUAAUCCAGAAUAUUCUGAUUUAAUGGAAUUUGUCAUGUACAUGAAACAUAAAGGACAGGACAUUCCAAAGUAUUUUCGUCUUGAACAGAUGCAAGAUGAAUUUAACUUUGUCUCUGAAGAGGAAAUGGAAAAGAGUAAACGUUUCCAGCUAUUGCAACUUAGAAAUGCAGGUCAAUUAGAUGUUUUCCUUCUGCAGCAAAUGCCUCUCUAUGAUAAAGAGAUUCCAGAUUUAGUCUUCCAGGAAUAUGAAACUCAGAUAGAGAAGGAUAUCCCCAUUUCAGAUGUCAAUUCUAUUACUGCACAACGGAUUAAUUCUGCCAAUUUUCUGAAAAAGAUGAAAAAGUUGAUAAUGAGAAGAAUUGUUAAAGUUAGCAAAGUUAACUUAUCGGAUGUUGUGGCUGAUUAUGAAGAAAUUGUAUCUGCAAGCCAGUUGACAUAUGCAGUUUGUAAGAUUGUUGAACGACAAAGAAAGUUAAAGCCUCAGAGGAAAGAAAGGAGAAAGGUGGCCGCACAGACUAUCUGUGAUGGAGAUAUUAAGAUUCUUGUUAGAAUACUGCGGGCUUACAAUAUUCCUACCAGAAACACAACAGUUAAUAGAGCCUUGGAUCUGCCCACUUAUUUGAUAUCAUCCGUAUCUCACCUCAGACAUAAGGAAACAGUCAAAUCAGUAUCUUCAGAUGAGAUCUUAAAUGAGGGUACUAUAUACCCUUUUGUGGAAGUUUCCUUUCAACACACUGUAUACCGAACCAGUACUGCAAGUGGAUCUCAUCCAUGCUGGAACGAAGAAAUUAAAGUAGAUUUUAUCUCACCAGGACAUGAUUAUAGCUUCUCAAGCUUAUCUAAAAUAAAAGAUAAUAUUUAUAUCAACAUUUUUGAUGAAAUGAUUAUUGAAAAACAGGAUCCCUAUUGCAAGAGCUGCAGUAGUUAUUCACAUAUAAGAAAGAAUUGGCUCGGGUCCAUUGUCUUCCCUUUCUCUGCUCUUCUGCAACAAUCUGAGAUUAGCGGAACAUUUCAAGUAAAUACUCCGCCAGUUUUGCUUGGGUAUACUUGGAGUAAGACUCAUGCGUCUCCUAAAGAAGAUUAUAAUGGGCAGAAUUUUAAAGAAUCUACCUUCUUAAAUAUUUUUGCUACCAUUGAACCUCAAAUAUCAUAUGUCACCUGUAAUCCAGAACUAGACAAGUUUUCAGAUGAAACAGAUGUUUUCAAGAGAGCACAGAUUUUUAAAAAAAGUUGUCAGGCGAUGUUUCCCAACCGAAGAGUCGCAGCUACUGUCUUUAAUGGUGAAGGGAUACAGAUCUUAGUAACAAGAUAUAUCAAGGCAUUAAACCCACCUCAGCAACUCCUGGAUGUAUUUCUUCAUGAUUCUAAUGCAACACUUGACCUCAUUGCUCGCUUUGUAUCUUUGAUUCCUGUUGUGCCUGAUGUUCUGGAUGAAAAUGAUGGUUUUGAUAUAUGGAUGACAUCAGAGCGCUGCAUCAGUUUGGCUAUUGGGAAUAAGGAAGAGCAUGCCAUACUGCUCUGUAAUUUCUUUCUGUAUUUUGGAAAGAAAGCUUUAGUCGUCCUGGGGACUUCAAUGUUGGAAGGGCAAGUAGCUUAUGUAUUAACUCAAGAAACUGAUGAAUAUUUGCUUUGGAAUCCGUUAACUGGGCAAUGUCAUAAGCAGUUUGACCCAUUUUGUCCCUUACAAAGUGUGGACUGUUUGUUUGAUGAUGGAAAUGUCUGGUUUAAUAUUCAACAAAAUAAUACACCAAUGGCUGUACAUUUUGACUAUUCAAAAGAAAGUUUCUGGAAACAGUUGCUUCCAAAAGAUUUCCAAGGGACAAACGCACAAAGCAUACAGCCUGAGGAAAUAAUUUAUUGUGAGACUAAUAAAAGCAUGAUAGAAGAUCUAAAGAACAGGAUUGAGAGGACUCUGAAAUGUAAAAUGAUGGAAUGGCGACCUAAACAGCCAACACGCUGGAAUCGACAAUGUACUUAUAUUUUGCAAAAAAUCCUUCCUAAGCUAGAACUUGGCACUGGAAGCUUUGUUUUGUCUGAAGAAGAGGGUGAAUUUGAAAGGCUACUCCAAUUUUAUUGGGUCACAGGAUUUCCUAUCCAGAUGCCAUACACUGAUGUGCAGUCAAUUAUUGACGCUGUGUAUCAAACUGGAAUUCACUCUUCUGAAUUUCCCCAGACAGAAUUUGCUCUAGCUGUAUACAUUCACCCAUACCCAAACAACAUAUUAUCUGUGUGGGUCUAUUUGGCUUCCUUAGCUCGACAUGAGUGAAAAGGAAGAAGGAAAAAGGAAAAAAAAAAUAUAUAGGCUAUGGGCCCCUCGCCCAAAGCAAUCAAGACUUUUCCGGUACUUUAGAUUUUGCUACUUAUCCUCAAAUCCAGCCAAAUGUGAGCCUGAUUGUUGGUUCUCUUAUAGAGUUAGGCACCAUGGAGACCCACUCCCUGAACCUUUGAGAAUGAGUCUAGAUGACCUCCCGACCUCUUCAAGGAAAACACCAGUCAGUCUGGUGGCCUUUGGUCACUGUCUACAGUGGGUCUUAUCAUGGGAAAGAAGUAAUUCUGGCCCCUACCUUUUAAGCCAGAAUUACUCAAAUCGUAGGCCUCACACCAGCUCAACUGAAUCACCUGGAGAGCAUUGUUGAAAAUGCAAAUUCCCACAUCCCCCUAAGACCUACUGAAUGGGAACCUUUGGGAGUGGAGCUCCAGAACCCACAUGAUUUUAAACAAGCUCCCUAGAUCAUUCUGAUGACCUGUUAAGAGUGAAAACCCUGCCUUAUAGAAUGUUGUCAUUACCAAAGUGAGGCUGGUACUUUUGAUGCGGGUUCUGAUGCAAUUCCAGGUAGAAGAUAUUCAAGUACAAACUCCAGGUCAUUGCCUCUCCAAAGAUUAUUUCACUGGUUAAGAGUAAAAGAAAAAUCUGCCAGGUGGGGCUGAGGGCUGAGGUCAGCUUCUGGGGCCUCCUAAAAGUUUUCACUUGGCAUGCUACUGACUUGAAGUUCUUUCAGCUCCUAGCAUUUGGAAGGGCUUCCCAAGAAACUCUGUCUAACAUGCUUUCCCGAUCCUGUGAGAAAGGGAGAAAAUGGUCUCACCAAAUCUCAGCGCUCCUUUUCUCCUUAGUGAGGAGCCCGCCAUUCUGCCUCUGGCACUUUUCUGCUGCUUUCCUUUCCCAGUGACUCCAAGGAGGCCUGUCUAGAUCCUAAGGAGCCUUGAGAGAGAGUCGGCAGGGAUCUAAGUCAGAAGCGCUGUAUUUUCUUCUAUUUGGUUGUUCUGUGCUUCACUGAGAAAAGUAUUUAUACAGUUUACUUAAAUGUUGCAUAAUUACUUACUCUAAGAAAAAGCCAAAGGUACAGAUUUCCAAAGGUUGAUGAAAGCUUUUUUUGUAUGAGGUAAAAACGGGAGAAAGAAAAUUCACCUCUCCCACAAGCUGGAGUUUCUUGGGUCACUCUCACAAGCAGAGAGCCCCCCAAAUACAUCCCCAGGGAAUCCUCAAUCUGAAUUCUGUCCUGCAAUGCACCUGCAUGGGCUGGUGCCAGAGAAGACUUCAUUUAUGUGCAGUGAUGUUAGUCUUGGACGAAACUUGUGACUACCUAAGUAAAAUAGUAGAGAUGUGGGUGAAGAGAACGCUUUUUCUCCAAGGUUAAAACCUAAGUGUGUGUAUCCCCUAGCUGAUCAGAAUUUUUUUUCUUAUUUGAAUGUUCUAUGAAGUUUUGUUAUUAGCAAGUCAACCAUAUUGAUUGGGGUAGCAGUAAACGAUGUCUGUGGAAAGACAAUGUUGACAAAAAAAUACUGAACUCACGCAGUUCAUUUCUGUGGUACCUUCAAUAUUUACAUAACUAUUUUGUUAGUCAUUUAUGGUUUUCAAAUUGAUAGGUCACUUAAGAGUUAGGUAGAAAGUGUUCAUAGGCAAGCAUAGAGAACCCUUCUGUAUCAUAUGUGUUUUUUUUGCAGGUGUAUGGAUUUCUCAACUAAAAUUUUUUCCCUAAAAUUUUGAAACUGUGUAAUGAACCAUUUUUUCAUUUGUCUAUUUUAAAAAUAUGUGAUUUUAUUUUUAAAUUUUUAUUUUAAUUCCAGUUAGUUAACAUACAGUACUUUAUUAUUAGUUUCAGAUGUACAAUAUAGUGAUUCAACCCUUCCAUAUAUCACCUGUUGCUCAUCAUGUCAAGUGCAGUCCUUAAUCCCUAUCACCUAUUUAACCCGUUCCCGCACCCACCUCCCGUCUGCUAACCAUCAGUUUGUUCACUAUAGUUAAGAACCUGUUUCUUGGUUCAUCUCUCUCUCUCUCUCUCUCUCCGCAUUGCUCAUUUGUUUUGUUUCUUCAAUUCCACAUAUGAGUGAAAUCAUAUGAUAUUUGUCUUUGUCUGACGGGCCUAUUCCACUUGGCAAUAUACUGUCUAGCUCCAUCCGUGUAGUUGCAAAGGGCAAGAUUUCAUUCUUUUUUUAUGGCUGAAUAAUAAAUAUUCCAUUGCAUAUAUAUACCAUAUCUUCUUUAUCCAUUCAUCAAUCAAUGGAAACUUGAGCUGCUCUCGUAUCAUGCCCAUUAUAAGUAAUGCUGCUAUAAACAUCAGGGUGCAUGUA